GGCAAAAUCUAGCGAGAUAGGGAAUUAUAUGUACUCGUAAUUCAUUCUCUAGGGUUUUGUCGUUCAAGUUGCCCGUGGAUGCUCGGUUCGUUGAAUUAUUUACUCUCUUGCAAUGGAAGGACCGGCUCCGUCCAAUUCCCCGGUAAUUAAGCCCAUAAACAAAGGCGUUGUCCACAGAAUCUGCGCUGGUCAAGUCAUAUUAGACCUCUCUUCAGCCGUUAAGGAACUCGUUGAGAACAGCCUCGACGCUGGCGCCACCACCAUCGAGAUCGCUCUAAAAGAGUACGGAGCAGAAUGGUUUAAGGUCAUCGAUAAUGGCUGUGGCAUUUCUCCUACUAAUUUCAAGGUCGUGGCACUUAAACAUCAUACGUCGAAGCUAGCGGAUUUCCCAGACCUUGAGUCUCUGAUUACGUUUGGGUUUAGAGGGGAGGCAUUGAGUUCGCUUUGCUAUUUGGGGAGUCUGACUAUUGAAACGAGAACGAAAAAUGAACCAGUAGCAACGCAUUUAACUUUUGACCAUUCUGGUGUGUUGAUAUCUGAGAAGAAAAUUGCACGGCAAAUUGGUACUACAGUCACUGUAAAGAAGUUGUUCUCGAACCUACCAGUGCGAAACAAGGAAUUUCAUCGCAACAUACGCAAGGAGUAUGCCAAACUUAUUUCCUUGUUGAAUGCAUAUGCACUCACAGCGAAAAGAGUCAGGUUAGUCUGCAGCAACACAAGCGGAAAAAAUGUGAAGUCUGUGUUUCUUCAAACACAGGGAAGCGAUUCCCUCAAAGAUAACGUCAUACAAGUUUUAGGUGUGAAUACAUUUAGCUGCUUAAAGCCUGUAUCUAUAGGUAUAUCAGACAGCUGCAAGAUUGAAGGUUUUAUUAAGUCUGGACAAGGUUGUGGCCGCAAUCUGGGAGACAAACAAUACUUCUUUGUAAAUGGUAGACCUGUGGAUAUGCCUAAGGUGACCAAGCUUGUGAAUGAAUUAUAUAAAGGGGCAAACUCUAAGCAGUAUCCCAUAGCCAUAAUGAAUUUUAUCAUUCCAACUAGAGAAUGUGAUGUGAAUGUCACUCCUGAUAAAAGAAAAGUGUUAUUUUCUGAUGAAAGCAUGAUUUUGCAAUCUUUGAGAGAGGGCUUGCAGGAGAUAUAUUCCUCGAGUAAUUCCCGUUACAUAGUUAAUGGUGUUGAGAACACUAAGGAAGCUGAAUCCUCUGAGUUUUUCUCUUCACUAGAAGAAUCUAAUAGCCUUUUAGAAAAGUUACCUCCAGCUGGAGUUAAUUUGGAAGUUUCCUCGAGGGAACAUUCUGUGGAGGGGGACCCCUCUUUUACAACUGUUAAAAUCUACUCUCAAAGUUUGCAGUUUUCAGAAGGAUUUGUUUCUAGUGAUCAUGAGAACAUGUUGACUUUAGGAGUACAGGGAACAAAGAAGAUUGAUGUUGUUAUAGAGGCUAAUGCGGGCCAAUUGACAAGUCAUAUGGAUGGUACAAUUAACAAGGAUUUUUCAGAAGGACCGAUCCUUAGACACCAUGAGGAGUCAUUGAGAAAGGACUUCAUCUUACAAGUUCACUGAACUAAUAAGAUCGAUGGUUUUACACAGUCUAAUAAUGGGGGUUUGACAACUCAUAUGAACAGUAUAGCUAACAAGGAUUCUUCGUCUCCCACAACUGCAACUGGGAAAGGAAUUUUUAUAAGUAGAGAUUGUAACAGUCAUUCAGGCUGUGUUCAAUCAUCACUGAAAAAAUUUAUAACCAUAAGUAAGAAACAUGAAAGCAUUAGUACUGUAUUAUCUGAAAGGCCUGUCUUAAGAAAUCAAAGUCUUCGUUAUCAAUCAAAGAACAGCAAUUCAGAUAUGUGUGCUUUGAGCUCAGGAGAUCAAGUUGACGAUUACACUAAGUUGAAUGAGAAUGAGCCUAGAAAGUUUCUCAAAGCAAAUAGCAUCUUGGGUGAAAGUGGAAACCCUAGUACUCCUAGUGGUGGAAAACCUGGAGAGCUAAUUCUUUUACUGGAAUUGCAGGAUCAUGAAAACACAGUGCCUUCUGCGGUAAAAGAACUAAUUGAUUUAUUCCACAAGAAUCCUGAGGAUGUACCUGAUAAAGGACCGACAGUUCCAACAUCAGAAUCUUUAUCCUCUGCUUUAGUUGUUGAUGCUCCCCUACCUCCAUCUGAUAAAAAGGUAUGUUCCAUCUUGGAGUUUAGAUUUCAAGACCUAUUGGCAAAGAGGCAGCAGAGGAUGUCAAGUAUAUUGCACACUAGUAACAGAUUCCUCAGCAUGAAGAAGAAAAGGUGUUAUACUGCUGCGUCACUUGGACUUUCUCAACCAGAAAUUGAGGAGCGAAAAGUACAAGCCUUAAAUGCUGCUACUGCAGAGUUCGAGAAACUUUUCAAAAAGGAAGACUUUAACCGAAUGAAGGUUAUUGGGCAAUUUAAUCUUGGAUUCAUUAUCGGGAAGUUAGAUGAAGAUUUAUUUAUUGUGGAUCAGCAUGCUGCAGAUGAGAAAUACAAUUUUGAGCAUCUGGCUCAAUCAAACAUCUUGAACCAGCAGCCUUUGCUUUGGCCACUAAAAUUGGAGCUGUCUCCUGCAGAAGAAGUAGUUGCUUCAAUGCAUAUGGACAUAAUCAGGAAAAAUGGGUUUGUUUUGGAAGAGGAUCCGGAUGCUCCACCGGGGCACCAUUUUAAGCUCAGAGCUGUUCCCUUCAGUAAAAACAUUACUUUUGGAGUUGACGAUGUCAAAGACUUGAUCUCUACGCUUUCAGACAGUCAAGGAGAAUGCUCAAUAAUCGGUAGUUAUAAAACAGACACAUCUGAUUCUGUUUGCCCAACUAGAGUCCGUGGGAUGUUAGCGUCACGUGCUUGCAGAUCAUCCGUCAUGGUUGGAGAUCCACUUGGACGAAAUGAAAUGCAAAAGAUACUUGAGCAUUUGGCAGACUUGAAGUCGCCAUGGAAUUGCCCGCAUGGCCGACCAACGAUGCGGCAUUUGAUAGACCUGACAACCUUAAGGAAAGAACCAGAUGAAAGUGGCACAAGCCCUUGAUCAGCAUUCCAUCCAUGUGGUUCUGGCCCCUUUUUUUUGUCUUCACUUAAAACUUAUUCUGUAUGAU